AUGCUUAAACUGGUGGUGUUGUCAUCCGUGCUAGCCCUAGCGGCUGCCAAUCCCAGCGCUAUCGCUCCGUGGGGUCUCGCUGGACUUGGAUUAGCCUCUCCUUGGAUUGGUGCAGUACAUGGGCCAAUUGCUGCUCCUUUGGCAAUCGCAGCCCCAGCGCUCCGUCCCUAUAACUACCGAGGACCCCUAUCGCUAGCGCCUGGACAGCCAGCUAGCAUCUUGGCUACAGAUGGCAGACCCUUGGACACCCUCAGCGUAAACCUGGAUCGUGCAGCUCAUUUGACAGCGAGAGCUUUAGAUCACGGUGGUGUUCACCUACUGAAGAAACGUUCAGCUCCUCUUGUAGCGGCAGCUCCCCUUGUAGCAGCAGCUCCCUUAGCAACAGCAUGGUCUCACUCUGCUCGUUUGGACAUACCAGCUGCUCGUUUGAUAGCGCCUGCACCUCUCGCUGUUCCCGCUGUCGGUUGGCGAGCACCUCUGGCCUCGCUAGGCUGGGGAGCGUGGGGACACGGAGCUCCAUUAGCUCACUGGUAA